AUUUCCUAAAAGCCCUAGUAUACCCUGUUCUUUCAAAAUCGUCAACACCACGAAAAUCAAACGAAGAGCAAACAUCGAUCGAUUAGGGUCGAUGCGCUCAAAAAAUUGACUCGUCGAAUCGCGACUGCCGGUCUGCCACCACCGGUCACCCCUUGAUAUCUCCUUCAUCGCCGUUUCAGUCAUCGUCCACCCUCACCAGAUCGUGAAACAUUUCAUCUCUAUUUCCGUCAUUUUUCACCAAUCGCCGACACGCCACUGGUCACGCCAUGGCCUUCGUUGCUUUUACAUCGAUUCGUGACCGGUGCCCUAUAUUCACUUCUUUUACUUUGUUUCCUCCGCUAUCACUAGCAGGAUCGUAUCACUCUGUUCUUAAUCCACGUUUCUUGAAGCUCGGACAGAGCCUCAUCAAACAUGGCACAAGAUUAUGGAUUUGGAGUAGUCAAUUCAAAGGUGAAGAUAAUCCAUGUGACCGGAAUAAGUGA